CUGUCACCGGAAGUGCGCUGUAAUUUCAAUAAGUAGAGAUUCCACGAUCCUCACCAUCCCCACUCCGUCGCGGCCGUGGAUCUCGUCACGCACCGGCGGCACUGCCGUUUCUCUUCGAGCCUUCAAGCAUCUCGUACAGCUUGAAGAACAGCUAUAUGCAGUAAUGGGAGAAGUGAAAUUUAUACAAGAGGAUGAUGUACGGUUGGAGACUACACGAGCAAGAUUUGCGAAUGUCAUCAAAAGGCAUGCAGAAUUGACAGAACGUCUGUCUAGGGACUCUGACAAGAUGAUUUUUGAGCGUCUACAGAGAGAAUUUGAAGCUGCACGAGCUUCUCAAACUCAAGAGAUUUGCUUAGAUGGUGAGCAGUGGAAUGAUGGGCUUUUAGCUACAAUAAGAGAGCGAGUUCACAUGGAGGCAGACAGAAAGGCAAGUGCAGGGGAAACAAAUGCACUGCCAGAUCCUCAUUUUCUUGGGAAAACUACUUAUAAAAUUGGGACCAAGCUGAUCUGUUGUCUGGAAGGGGCAAGAAUUGGCAUACAAUAUGAGACAACCUUUUCUGGAGAACCUUGUGAGAUUUACCACUGUGUGCUCGAGAGUAAGUCAUUUCUUGAAAAAAUGACUGUCCUUGAACACACAGUUCCUUUCUUUCUGCCCAUACGAGAAGCAGAAAAUGAUCUUCUUUCUUCAAAUGCAAUGAAAUUUAUAGAUCAUGUUGGAGAACUUUUGCAAGCUUAUGUGGAUAGACGAGAGCAGGUCCGUCUUGUUAAGGAGUUGUACGGGAAUCAGAUAGGAGAGCUCUAUCAUAGUCUUCCAUACCACAUGAUUGAAUUUGUGCUGCAUAACAACUUCAAGAUAACUGUCAGUCUCAGAUAUGCAGAUCUUGUUUCUGUACUCCCAACUAGAAUUAGAGUGCUGGCAUGGCCAACGAAUCAGUUGAAUAAAAGUUUAAUUAGUACAGCGGCAAUGAACAGGAAGGGCAGUGGAGUUGCGGGGAGUAAUCCAAUUCCAGCUCGUUUAUCCUAUGCAGAGGAUGCCUUGCGGACUAUGAGCUUACCAGAAGCAUAUGCAGAAAUUGUGUUGAACCUGCAAGAAGCGCUUAAGCAAAUAUUUCAGCCCGGGGCCCCUGCUUAGUGUUUCAUCUCUUCUUAGGAGAGGCUUCAAAUCUGUACAAAAGGUACCGUAAGCAAGAUACUGGAGUAGCUUUUGUUCGUUGAGGAAAAAAUAAAAAAUAAAAAAAUCAGCUUUACCAUACCUCACCUCAGCAAAAACGCAAAUCUUUACAGAUUCAUAAUGGUACUAGAUCUUGUUGCACAUAUUCGAAUAUAUGAAGAUCUGUCAGAUCUUUCCUGUUAAAAUUUUUUUUUUCCCAUUUAGUUGUCAGUCUCUAUGUAUCCUAAACAGUUCUAUUUUUUCUGAAAGUCAGAAGAUCAAUGGAUAUUUGUUGGAAAUGA